GAGAUGCAUGUGUUAGAGGCCAUCUCCCCGCGAGCAUGCAGAUGCUGGUGUCAGGCUGGGAGGAGGCAGACGGACGCACGGACGCGUUCCCCACGUGACGACCAAGCAGAAGUGGAGGCGAAAACCAGCGUGGGCCGACCGUGGAGUGGCCCCAUUGUGCACACACGCAGGCGCUGCUGGGAUGGGAUGGGGCGACCUCGGGGUGUACGGAGAGCCCUCCAGAGAGACCCCGAAUUUGGACCGGAUGGCUGCAGAGGGGAUGCUUUUCCCAAACUUCUAUUCUGCCAACCCUCUGUGCUCACCAUCCAGGGCGGCACUGCUCACGGGACGGCUGCCCAUCCGCAAUGGCUUCUACACCACCAACGCCCAUGCCAGAAACGCCUACACGCCGCAGGAAAUUGUGGGCGGUAUCCCAGACUCGGAGCAGCUCCUCCCGGAGCUUCUGAAGAAGGCCGGCUACGUCAGCAAGAUCAUCGGCAAGUGGCAUCUGGGUCACAGGCCCCAGUUCCACCCCCUGAAGCACGGAUUUGAUGAGUGGUUUGGAUCCCCCAACUGCCACUUUGGACCUUAUGACAACAAGGCCAGGCCCAACAUCCCUGUGUACAGGGACUGGGAGAUGGUUGGCAGUUUUGCCCCAGAGCCUGUGAGACUCACGCCUGGGGUUUCCCACCUUUUCAAGGUCUGGGCCCAAGAAGCCCUGGACUUCAUUAAGAGACAGGCACAGCGCCACCCCUUCUUCCUCUACUGGGCUGUCGACGCCACACACGCACCCGUCUACGCCUCCAAACCCUUCUUGGGCACCAGUCAGCGAGGGCGGUAUGGAGAUGCCGUCCGGGAGAUUGAUGACAGCGUUGGGAAGAUGCUGGAGCUUCUCCACGACCUGCACGUCGCGGACAACACCUUCGUCUUCUUCACAUCGGACAACGGCGCUGCCCUCAUUUCCGCCCCCGAACAAGCUGGCAGCAACGGCCCCUUUCUGUGUGGGAAGCAGACCACGUUUGAAGGAGGGAUGAGGGAGCCUGCCCUCGCGUGGUGGCCGGGGCACAUCGCCGCAGGCCAGGUGAGCCACCAGCUGGGCAGUAUCAUGGACCUCUUCACCACCAGCCUGGCGCUUGCGGGCCUGACGCCGCCCAGAGACAGGGCCAUUGAUGGCCUCAAUCUCCUCCCCGCCCUCCUGCAGGGCCGGCUGAUGGACAGGCCUGUCUUCUAUUACCGCGGUGAUACGCUGAUGGCGACCACCCUCGGGCAGCACAAGGCUCACUUCUGGACCUGGACCAACUCCUGGGAGAACUUCAGACAGGGCAUUGAUUUCUGCCCUGGGCAGAACGUUUCCGGGGUCACGACUCACAGCCUGGAAGACCACACGAAGCUGCCCCUGAUCUUCCACCUGGGACGGGACCCGGGGGAGAGGUUCCCCCUGAGCUUUGCCAGCGCUGAGUACCAGGAGGCCCUCAGCAGGAUCACUUCGGUCGUCCAGCAGCACCAGGAGGCCUUGGUCCCCGGGCAGCCCCAGCUCAACGUGUGCAACUGGGCAGUGAUGAACUGGGCACCCCCGGGCUGUGAAAAGUUAGGGAAGUGUCUGACACCUCCAGAAUCUAUUCCCAAGAAGUGCCUCUGGUCCCACUAGCACCUGCGUGGACCCAGGCCAGGCCUGGAAUCUCCGGUUGGCUCUGCAAGUGCCUGGGGGGAGGACGGCUCUGGCCUCAGUGCUCCCCCGACCCUGCCCAGGCCAGACAGACGGCACCUGCAGACACAGGGGGACUGCAUGACUCCACCUGCCCAGGACCUGACCCUGGAGUGUGCUCGGCCCUCCUCCUCGCCCACGGGGCCUCAGAUCUCAGGACCCUCCUCCUCGGCCACGGCGCCUCAGACCUCAGGACACUGCCGUCUCACGCCUUUGGGAACCCCAAAUAUCUAAGACAGGUGUUGGUCAAUUUAGAAAGUUUAUUUUGCCAAGGUUAAGGAUGCGCCCGUGACAGCCUCAGGAGGUCCUGAAAACACGUGCCCGAGGUGGUUGGGGGUACAGUUUGCCUUUACAUCUUAGGGAGACAUAAGAUAGUAUGUGUAAGACAUACAUUGGUUCGGCCAGCCUUCCACUGAUUACGUGAUUCAGUCUGGCCCAGUGAAUCCGCAUUUUUAUGUUAACAAUAAGGGAAGGGAACAAUCAGAUAAGCAUUUGUCUCAGGAGCCCCAGAGGGGUGACUUCCAGUUUCGUCUGUCCUUUGUCCACAAGGAAUUUCCUUGGGCGCUAAUUAUGAGAGAGGUAUGUAGUCUUUAUCAUUGUAGCUACGUUACUUAGAAAUAAAACAGGAGGCAGGUUUGCCUAAUUCCCAGCUUG